AUGGUCUGUCUGGCCAAAUUGCCUUUCUUGCCUGUCGCCGCUAGUCGCUCAGUGCAAACCUCCUUUCCCAAUGGACUCCUCUCUUCCAUUGCCCUACGAUUCCCUUCAUUCCCACAGCCAUCCAUCCUGUUCGGCAGAUGCCCUUAUGACUACCUGGAGGAGGACGACCGCGUGGAAAACUACGAGGAGGGGAGAAGGGAGUCCGGCACCUAA